AUGAAGCCCACCAGCGGCAACACCAUUCUGAUCCCGCACAUGUAUCCAUGCAUCCCAGAAGCCAUGGCAGUUGCCAACGAUGACGAGUGGGAUGAUGAGACCUAUGCCCGGCAGCAGGAGCACUUGGAAAGCUUUUAUGAGGAGGUUUUCUUGGAGCUUGCAAAGUUCGGCGAGGCCAUGGGUGGAGACGUGGCGCACCGAGGGCAGCUGAGCGCAUGGCGCGCCGGCGAGUUCGGUUUGAGGGAGGGUAGCUUCCCAAUGGUGUGGCGAUAUUUUGCGGUCAGGCUGCAGAAGAAAAAGAGCGGCGCCUCGGCGUUCCGGAUGCGCGAGUACAACAAGCGGUACUUCACCUUGGAUUUCGACACUCACACCUUCUUCUACUCCCACUCUGAGGGCAGCAAGAAGGUUUCCGCGGUGACUUCCUUCGCGGAUAUUGUGGACGUCCACAUGCCACAGGCUGACAAGGGAGACAACAUCUCCGAAUACAGCAAGGUAAGCAAACGUUCGUUCCUGCGGCGGACCACCAGCUUCCUCGCCGCGGCCAAAGAUGCUGAGGAGCAGCACUUGGUGACGGUCAUGACCCGGCCUGCAAAGACCUUUGAGCUCUUGUGUUCCUCCGCAACGGAGGCUGUGACGUGGUUUGAGGCGCUAAAAAAUGCCAUCGCCAUGGACAAAGACAGGGAUGCGGUGGAGGCAGGCCAUACGACAGCCACCUCCGAGGGUGAGGAGCCACCAAAAGGCCUGCCCAUGAGUGGCGGCUAUCCCACCCGGCCGGAGCUCAUGGCGACUGUUGCAGGUGCCAGAGAUGGGGAGAGUGAUCGGGACGGUGAUGCUUCUCCGCCUCCUUUGAAAGGGACAUUCCUGGACUUGACAGUCGAGGAGUCUGCGCCAGCUCCAGUGCGAGAAGCAGGCCCAGCGGAGGGCGCCACUGUGGUGGAGACCGGCGCGGUAGCCUUGCAGGCUGCGGAUUUCGGAUUCGCAGAGGAAGAGGACUCCGAUGCCAAGUCCUCAAGCUCAGAAGAGGAGGAGGUUGGCGUAGGUGCUGCAGAACCAGUUCCCGCUACACGUGCCACCGGAGGUUAUGGUGACCGACACGAAGGCAUGUCGAUGCAGGAGCGGCUGGCGAGCCUUGAGUUCUCUGAUGAUGAGGAGGACUUGACCGGAUAUCCCAAGGCGUGGACGAUGAUGAUCCUCUUGGCCUCAAGCGGUGAGGCUAGUCGCAACCUGCAUAAGCAGGCGGCCCAACAGAUGGACAAGCGCUUCUAUGGCAGUCGCCUCAUCGCAGUCGAGUACAGUCCAGUUACAGACUUUCGGGAAGCUCGUUGCCGAGCCUUCCACGAAACUCGAUGUGCCCGUGGCGGCUUGUGCAACUUCAUGCACAUCAAGCACAUUCCCAAGGCCGUGAAGAGAAGCAUCGUCCGUCAGAUGUACGAAGCGCACCCUGACUACGCAGGUGCCAGAGCGGCACUAGCUGCACCCGCCAAGAAGCGAAAGGUGCACCAUGGCCCCAUCAAGCGACAGACCAUGGAGGAAAGACGAACAAUGAUUGCUGAAUGGAACAAGGCACAACUAUGA